AUGUCAUUCGACUCCCGUUCAACUCCGCCAGUUCCGCCUGAUGAAUUCAAACUCCAUACGCUGCCACUUGUGCCUCUUCUAGAAUUCCUAGGAAUGUGCACCGUGGAUGAUCUGUAAGUCAAUAUUAGGCCCAUUAGUUUCAGUAGUAAAUGUUCAGGUUUAACCUGAAGACGGCAGACGAAGCCGCCUACCCAAUCAUCCAAGAAUAUUUGGAGCGGAAGCUUCAUAACACACAAUAUGAACUGAUUCUCACUGAGAAAAUGUCGGAGAUCCGUCUGAGAUCUACCAAACCCCCCAAUCUGGAUCCAGUUUUCCGUUGGAGUUUUAUCGAGCGAAAAGAACGGGACCAUGAUUCAUUGUAAGUCAGAAAAACAGUUUUCCACAAGUGGUGUCAAAUAUUUUAGUGAUUCCGAUACGGGCAAAUGCAGUCAUUUCAUUGAGAAUUCGGACACUGCUCGUCCGGCUAUCACUCGUCUGCUCGAGUGUUUGGAUGUUUAUCCGUUGCCACUCAAGUUCAUAAUUCUACAGGCUGAUACCUUUUUACGCGAUGAUCUUCUCAAACUGGUUGCUGAAAAGCUUGUCGAGGUGAAACUCAGCGAGAACCUGCGCGUCGUCGGACACGGUCAGACGUCCGAAGCGUGCUCGACUAUUCUCGGUAAAAUGAUCGUGAAAAAUGAGAUAUCAGUGAGCAACUUCUAUCCGGAAGAACAUUUCGAUAUCCAAAAGGUAUAAUUUCAUCAUGAAACCACAAAUCAAACCAUAAUUAUAUAUAGGCGAGCCGACCUAUGAGCUUGACAAUGUGGCUGAACACGGCAACUCCGGAAAGAAUUAUUGAAUGUGCUGCCAUUGACAGUGUCAUUUAUCUGGAUGAGUUCGCCCACGCGGAUGUGGACGAGUUGAUUCGACUGUGGAUGAACGGAAAUUGCACAAGAAUCACGAAUCUUACGCUCCUGGUGAACGCUUAUGAAGAAGUAGACAAUCAUCGUUGGUUUCAAGGCUUACACUACCGUAGGGACCAGGUGUGGAUGCUGUUUGACGGGUGAGAAUCAGUUUGAUAAACCGAAUUAAUAUAUCGCUUCAGAUUUCAUUUCGACUCGGAUAUUAACCGAAGUAACCGUGAGCAGAUGUUCAAAUAUAUAGGGAUAGAUUUUCACCGUCCGGAUGGUUCAGUUGCAACUGUUUUCUACUCAAAGACUUCCAACUAUCAAAAGUUUGAGAUGAUUGUGAGACGUCCUGGCAAACAAAUCAGCCCGAGUAUCUUUUCGUCUGACGCAUUAGUCAUUCGACAACGAGAGCAAUCUACAUUCAAAUUCCACAAAAGCACCAAAGUAACAUCUAAACGCGACGAAACUAUGGACCUUUUGCGUGAAACAAACGAUGACGAAGAGAUUCACCGACUGAAUAGAGUGUUAUUUGAGUGCAACUUCGAAGUACACUAUCUCAGAUGGCUGAAGUGUCAAUUGGAGCAUUGGGAGGAGCAGUUGAAGCAGGAACGCAGACACUGGGAGACGUCAGCCGAGAGAGCUUUGUGCGGUCACUUUUGUCUCGAUAGACAAUGGAUGCAAAACAUUCAGACGUCCGUCCGCGUGUUCAUCGUCGAUCAUGUGCACAGAAGAAGACGAUACACUCUGGAAGGACUUCCGCAUCUCAGACUCAACGGAUGGAAGAACUUGAAUGAAUGCGCCGGACGCAAGUUGGUCAAACGGUUUUUCAAUGUCCUUUACUGA